CUAAAUCCACUUUUGUUUCCCCAUUUGUAGAUUAUUCUUCAAUCCAGUUUUCUUAAGGACUCUAAAAGGAUAAUUAAGUAAUUUGCUUUAUUUAUUCAAGGUUGAAGUAUAAAAUAUCCCAAUGAACUUUUAAAAUCUUAAAGCACUUGAUAAAUUUGCUUAACAAUCAGAUGCUAUCUUAAUUGUGUUAUUUUCAAAGAUAUCUUCAAAUGUAAAGGUUUUAGAAGAAAUUACUGAAACUUCAGAAGUAUAUAUUGAUAAAUCAUUGUUUUAGCCCUCUGAUUAAAUUAUAGCCGUCGAGUUAGGUGAUGAAAACGAACUAACUUCAAAUACUGUAAAUAAAUUAUUAUAUAAAUAGAUAUACACAGUCACUUCUAAUUAAUUAACUGGAUACAUUGUCUUCUUUGUAUCAAUGUUUGCUUUAUGGAUAGCUGUCUAAUGUAAUGGAGCAAUUUAAACUCCAGAAAGAUUUUCAAAAUAAAAUUAUUAUAUUGGAAAAGAAAGUUGA